GUAAGAAAGGUAGAUUUGAAAUAUCAGUUAUAGAGGGACGUUGGUUUCGUCGGUGGUAAGAAGUCGCGUCCCUUUCGAGUUUUAUCAAGUUUCUUCUCGAAGUGAAUCAAGUUUCUCCAUUAUUUCCUUUAAGGACACUUUUAUAGAUUUACGUUAAAAACUAAAAUUGAGCAAUAAAAGUGAACGAUAACAUGGCCUUGAUGCUCCAAAAUUUAAAAUUAUCUUCAAACAUUCCUCCAGAAUAUAUGGAAAUGGCGCAAAACACGUUGUAUAAAAUGCAAGAGCAUAUUGAAGGGCGCGAUCAUAAAUAUCAAUGGAGCUUGAAUGAUUUUGAAAUUGGGGCCCCUCUAGGACGUGGAAAGUUUGGCCGAGUCUAUCUUGCUAGAGAAAAGACUACUCGUUAUAUGAUAGCCUUAAAAACUCUUUACAAAAUAGAAUUAAUAAAGGGUCGCGUUGAGAAACAAGUUAUGCGGGAAAUUGAGAUACAGUCGCAUUUACGGCAUCCCCACAUUCUUCAAUUGCUAACUUAUUUCCAUGACCACAAACGAAUUUACUUGGUAUUAGAAUUUGCUGCAAGAGGAGAACUUUAUAAAGAGCUAAAGCGUCAACCCGGAGAAAGAUUUAACGAACAUCUCUCGGCCAAGUAUACGUAUCAAGUAGCCGAUGCUCUGGAAUAUUGCCAUAAAAAUAAUGUUAUCCAUAGAGAUAUAAAACCUGAAAAUUUAUUGCUUACGUAUAACGGUGACGUAAAGUUAGCAGAUUUUGGAUGGUCGGUUCAUGCACCUUCGUCAAAACGAAGUACAUUAUGUGGAACAUUGGAUUAUUUACCUCCUGAAAUGGUGACUGGUCAAACGUACGAUAUAUACGUCGAUCAUUGGUGCCUCGGGAUACUCUGUUAUGAGUUUCUAGUCGGCAGACCACCGUUCCUCAGCGAUUCUCAACAAGAAACUUACGUUAAAAUAAAGACUUUAAAUAUACAAUGGCCAGAACAAAUAACGCCCGGUGCCAAAGAUCUUAUUUCAAAGCUAAUCAAAAGGAAAGGUUCUGAGAGAAUAUCACUGGCAGCUGUAAAGAAACAUUUUUGGAUACAAGAACAUAAGGAUAAUCCAUAAUGAUAUUUUACAAACAUUGUCUCAUAUAAAGUAAUAUAACUAAUAAUAUAAUGGAUCGAUAGUUGUCGCGUUAUGUUUCAUUUUGUAUAAAUGCAUAAUUAUUUUUCAUACGUAUGUAUAUAUAUAUAUAUAUAUAUUAUACCGUCCUCUUGUAUAAAACCGUAACAUUUUUAUACACUAUUAUAGAUGCGAUGUGACGCGCGAUAUACAUUUAUAAGCCCUCUCAGAUGGACAGAAGGAGAAUUAAAUUCUACGAUCUUUUAUGGCCAAUUUAAAUUGAUGCCUGUAACAUCUAAUGCUACAAUAUCUACUUCCGUAUUCAAAAGAUCACAUAAACUUGGCUUUGUUCGUCCAAAAUCUCCAUGAACGAAUUCUUUGACAUAAGUACCUGCUUGGGUUUUUACGUCCAAUACAAAAAAAGUGUUAUCGUCUAUGGGUGCGUUUGGUAAUUCCUGCGGUUUCGCCCAACGAGCACGCAUGUCGUAUAUGAAACGUACACGGGGAGUCAAUGGACGUCUGUGAAGAACUCUGAUCGGUGUUUUUUGAAUUAUUUUCACGUUUUUUAAUUUAUUUAAAGUUUCAAGGCUUGAUUCGUCUUGUGGUGCUCUGCGACAUACGCAAAGUGCUCGAUAAAAUUUUGUUUUAACAUU